CUGUUUGGGGGAGAAUUGUAAAUAUGUUAAUACUAAGCAGAAACUUAAGAAAACCCCCGUGGAAGGUUGGCCCGAGCCGGAGUCUGAAGGGAGGCCGCCGCCGUCUUCUUCUCACACUCUUCUCAUUAAUAGUAAUUGAGGAAGGAAUAAGAGCUUGAUAUAUCCUUGUUCCAGUUGCUUCAAUGGCCACAAUAGCUUCUGGUGCUUUGGUUAAUUUAGAAGAGCUAGUUCCAACUUCGCAACACUUUAAGCAUGGGAUCUCUCUCCGUGUAACUGGAAAGCUCCAAGAUUAUGAUGUGGAGACUGCUGUUGCUGUGAUUGUUGAUAGAAAUGCAUCAUUAAAAGUUGACACACAACUCUUGAAUAUCAAUCUUCGCAUUGGUUCCACCUUCCAGUUCAUUGGAGAACUGCUUCUUGAACCCGACAAGAAGGCAAUUCUGAAGGCACGAGUUGGACGAAAUAUGGAUGGAAUGGAUCUGAAUCUGUAUCGUCAAUCUCUGCAACUCUUGAGAGAUUUCCAAGCUGGUCGUUGAAUAGUUAGACGCCUUAGUAUAAGAUUUAUCAAUGAAAAUUAACCAAAAGCAAUAGCUAGAUCUCAUGUUGUAAAGGGCAUUCUUGUCGUAUUCAUGGUUAUAGUGGAAGCCUUAUUAUACAAUUUGCAAAAUGCAGUGUUCCUUCUUAGCUCUUGUUAGAAGGCAUGCGUGGCUAGUGGUGAUGUUGGAAGUAGUAGUAUUAUAUCAGUUGCCUAUUUGCAACUUUUGAAUCUCUAUUGUUAGUAGAAAAGAGGGUACUGUUUUUUUU